UGACUAAAUUAUUGUUUCCCUCAGAAAGAAUCUUGACUAGGAUUUCCAUCUGUCUUUAUAUUUACUUAGUAAAAGGUGUCUGUGACUAUUUACCUUCAGAGAAAGAAGGAAAGCAGAGAGAAUCCACUUCUUCAAGAGGCUAAUGGACAAAGUAUUGAAAUAACCUGGAAAGUGUUCAGAAAAGACACUAGAAAGUCAAGCAUUCACCUGAGGCUCAGUUGAGAAGGAAAAUCAAUAUGCAAUCCAAGAGUGGCCUCAUUUUUCUAGAAGGUGACCCUCCAGAAGAGUCCCAAGGAAGUUUUCUCUUAACAAAAGCCUCAAAGUUCCCGAGACUGUCCUAGACCCUGCCGGUCAGCUCUGGCUUCUGUCUGGAAAUCAGACUUAUUGCUGAGUCUUCAUACCAGAGAAAUGCAUGUGUCAGUGGUGACUGCAGCUGUGAUAUUGCUCCUGAGUAUGGGGUGGACAUCAGACUCUCUCUGCUCACCCACAACUUUUUACAGAGAUUGCUGGAUCCGUCGCUUUCCGGGUCUUCUAGUUGACCUGGAUGAGUCUCAGAAGCUGGGAGCCCAGUACUUGAAGUAUUAUUCUGAAAGCAAUGGCCAGAAGUGCAGUAGGAGCUGCUGUCUUAGGAAGGAUGUUCAUUGUAACCUGGCUGUAUUCUACCAUGAUCCCAUUCAUGACAAUGUCAACUGCCUUCAUAUUCACUGCCCCACGUUGGAGAGCUGCGUAUUACAGCCUGGAACCAGCGCCAUCUUGUACAACAUAACAGAAGGUAUAGAUCCAGAUUUGCUGGUCUUUGAACAAUCACUUCCCAAAUAUCUAAAUACUCGUUCUUCAUCUAAUAGGUGGGACAGACUAAGGAUUCUAAAAGCUAUGAAUUUAGAUAAACAACAAACCACCAUGGUAAACCUGAUGCUAUUGUCAAUAGAGGCUCCAUCACAAACCACACAUCAAGACUUGGUCGUAAACACAAACAACACCAGUUAUUCCAAGGAAUUAACCACAGAUUCUUGGGCAAGAUUCAUUUCCGGGAAUGAUUCCAUUACCACAAAGGUAAAUAUGGUGUCACCAAGUACCGAUUUCAUCAGCAAUCCAGAUAAUAAGACCAUUUCUCCUUUCUUUGUGCCCACAGACACAAAACUUUCUAAUAUACCUAUUCCAUCCCAACUCAAUAGUAGCAAACAAUUUCUAAAUAAAACCAAGGGGUACGACAUCAGAAACCACACAUCUGAGACUGAAAAUGAGACACCUGAUGGGGCAUCUGUGAUUUCAAAGGCGUGGCUGGUUCCUGUGGCAUUGUGUACCUCUGUUAUCUUUCUUUGCUGUUGUGUAGUCAUCCUGGUGUCUGGAUGCUAUCAAAAGCAACAAAGCCCGUAUAAACCAGGACAGAGAAAGUCAGAAUCCAGGCAAAUUAAAAAUGGAACAUGCUAAAGGAGAAUUCUUAAAAGUUAUAGACAGAUUGUAAACUUUCAAGAGUAUCAUUUUUAGUUUUCUGUAAGACAAAGGUAGUUGAUUUAAGAAAUAAUUAUAGAGGAUGCCCACUCCUACUAAUUUCUAAAAAUUAGUGCCUGAUAAACCUUAUUAUUUCCAUAUUUUCCAUAUGUAUACAUUGUCUCUCCAUGUGUAAAUUU